AUGAACUUCGAGAAGAUCAUCACCCUGCCCUCGCUGGAGCCCAGGAGGAACCUGGAAAACAUCCAAGUGGACAAAACCCCCGGCUUCAUCCCGGAGGUGCUGAAGCUGCUGCGGGUCUGUGCGAGCAAGCUGAAGAGUAUCCGGGAGGAUGAGCGGAGCGGGACGCAGCUGGAGAGCGGGAUGCUCUACGCUCUGCAUCUUUGCGAGUGCCUCUUCGACCCCUACCAGACCUGGCGGCGGCAGCUGAGCGGGGAAGUCGUCAGCGCAAAGGAGAAGAGUAAAUACAAGUUCGCCCCGGCCCCUUUGCCCCCCGAGUUCAGCGCCUUCUUCCAAGAGAGAGUUUCCAAGCCGGAGGGCAGCUCCCUGAAACGCUCCAGCUCCGGCUUAUCCAUCUUUUUGGGGCCAUCCUCUCCGGAUCCAAGCCCAACGCGCUGCGGGCCAUCACGCCGGCGACGGUGGAGGUGCUGCUGGGGGUGCUGCGGCGGGGAGGCGCUGGCGCUCCGCGGCGUGGUGGCCGUGGUCCACGUGCUGCAUGGCAGCAGCCCCGGCGCCUGCCCCGUGCCGUUGCGCGUCCUCCUGGAUGGUUACUUCAGGGUGCUCAAUUCGGACCUGCCCGUCGCUUCCUUGGCGCCGGAGGCGGCCGGCAGCCUCAUCGCUCUCCGUGUCCUCAUGCUGGAUGCUAUCCCGGCCAUGCUGAGCUGUGAGGACCGGCCGGUCCUCCAAGCUGUCUUUCUCAGCAACAACUGCUUCGAGCACAUCAUCCGCCUCCUCCAAAACAGCAAGGUCUUCGACGGCAGCUCUGACGCCAUCGCAGUCCACGCCAUCGGGGUUCUCACCGCCAUCAUGAGCAACUCGCCCUCGGCCAAGGAGGUAUUCAAGGAGCGCAUCGGCUAUGCCCACCUCUACGAGGUCUUGAGAAGCCAGGGCCAGCCCACCCAACGUCUGCUCCAGGAGCUCCUCAACAUGGCAGUGGAGGGCGACCACAGCUCCUUCCCGGUGCGCCCCAUCCGCAACGAGCAACCCCUGCUCAUCCUGCUGGCCUGGCUGCCAGCGCUGGCGUGCCAGGACACCUGCGUCAAGGCGGGCAUGGUGGGCUGCCUGCUGGGUGCCCUGGCCACCGAGCCGGCGCUGCCAGCUGCCUGCUCUGAAAAUUUACUGGAGCUGCUGCGGGCAUUGGGCAGCCUCUCCAUCCGCCCCGGGGAGCUGCGGCAACUGCUGCGGCUGCUGCGGCACGAGCGGGGUCAGGGACCGCAUCCCUACGCGGCACCCGUCAUCCGGGCGCUCUCGGGGAUGGCGCGGGUCGAGGGACCCCCCCGAGCGCUGCAGUGCUUCGACCUGACGCCCGGCAUGGCGGGGAUCAUGGUGCCCACCAUCCAGAAGUGGCCCGGUGGUGCCUUCGCCUUCCACGCCUGGUUGUGCCUGAGCGAGGAGGAGCCCGAGCCACCAGUGAGGCCGAAGAGGAGGCAGCUCUACAGCUUCUUCACAGCCGGCGGGACGGGCUUUGAGGCGUUUUUCACCGCCGGUGGCGUGUUGGUGGUGGCCGUCUGCACCAAGAAGGACUACAUGACCGUGGCGUUGCCGGAGUUUGCCUUCAGCGACUCGGCUUGGCACUGCGUUGACAUUGUCCACGUCGCUGGCCGCCGGCCCUUCGGCCAGAACAUCGUCAGCAUCUACACCGAUGGGCACCUGCGGAAGACAGCACAGCUCCGCUUCCCCUCCCUCCAUGAGUCCUUCACCUCCUGCUGCAUCGGCUCCGCGGGCCACCGGACCACCACCACCACCGCCACCACCACCAGCCACCCGCCAGCAUCCCACAUGCCAGAGCUCGUCUUCCCCCCACGCCCCGCGCUUGGCCGCUCCCAGUCCGUCCCCGCCGCCCUGGGCCCCCAUUCUUGGAUCCCCACUCAGCCCCCCACAGAGGGGGUGGUGGCCACCACAGCGGCCGGCAGCCAGGACACCGAGUGGGGCAGCCCCACCUCCCUGGAGGGUCACCUCGGCUCCGUGGCCAUCUUCUGCGAGGCUCUGCAGCAAGCCCAGGUCAAGGCGCUCUUCUGUGCGGGGCCAAACGUCACAUCACCGUUUACACUGGAAGGUGACUUGGUGGAGCUCAGCAGCAAGCUUUUGCUGUACUACACCCCACAGGCCUGCAGGAACAACAUCUGCCUGGACCUCUCUCCCAGCCACGGCUUGGACGGGAGGCUGACGGGGCACAAGGUGGUCAACUGGGACAUCAAGGACGUGGUCAACUGCGUGGGUGGGAUGGGCGUGCUGCUGCCCCUCCUCGAGCAAGUGGUGUCCAAGAAGGAGGAGCCCGAGGAUGAGCAGGAGACCAACGACCUGGUGGGGCCAGAGCUGACGUCCUCCAGGAACGCCCAGGGCAUGCUCAUCCCGCUGGGCAAGUCCUCAGAGAGCAGGCUGGAGAGGAACACCGUGGCCGCCUUCCUGCUGCUGGUGAAGAACUUCAUCCAGAACCACCCGGUGAACCAGGAGAGCCUGGUGCAGUGCCACGGGCCAGCCAUCAUCGGGGCGCUGCUGCAGAAGGUCUCCGGUCCGCUGCUGGACAUGAGCACCUUGAUGGCCUCGCAGAUCCUGAUGGAGCAGAUGGCCUCCGAGGGCAGCGGGCUCCUGCUGCACCUCCUCUACCAGCAUCUCCUCUUCGACUUCCGCAUCUGGAGCAACAGCGACUUCGCCGUCCGCUUAGGUCAUAUCCAGUAUCUGGCCAACGUCAUCAAGGACCACAAGCAGCGCAUCUGCAAGAAGUAUGGCGUGCAGUACAUCCUCGACUCCAUCCGGACGUACUACAGCACCUCCAGGGAGAAGACCACGGCCACCGACGACAUCAAGACAGUGCAGACAUCCCUCUUCAGCUUGGUGAAGGAUUUCUUCUGCAGGAGUUUCUCUGGGGAGGAGAUGCAGAGCUUGCUGAGCUACGUGGCUGGGGCGCAGGAUGAGCAGCAGGUCUGCGGGGCGCUGGAGCUGAUCCACAGCCUGCUGAAGGGCUCGCCUGCCCAGGAGCAGCUCUUCACCUUCCUCUUUGAGCCGGGCCACGUGGAGGUCCUCUUCUCGCUGUUGGUACAGAAGAAGUUCUCAGAUGAAGUGCGGGAGAGGGUCUUCAAGGUCCUCUACAAGAUGCUGAAGUAUGAGAAGGUCCCCGAGCGCAGCAAGAACCGCCUGAAGCUGAAGGACAUCGGGUACCAAGGGCUCAUCGCCUGCCUCAGUGACAUCCCCGGCUCCAUGCUGCUCUUCCGCUGCCUCUCAGAGCAGGUCCUCGGGGCAGACCCCCCCAGCUACAAGGACCUGGUGGCCAUAGUUUACCUGUCCCACCGGGCCGAGCUGACCGUCCGGCUCGAUAUCUGCCGCAAGCUCUUCCACUUGAUCUACGCGCAGCAGGACAUGGUGAAGCAGCUGGCCAGGUUGGCCGGCUGGCAGGACACGCUCACCAAGCUCUACGUCAAAGAGUCCUACGAGUCCCGCCAGCACAGCCUGAGCAUCGCGAGCAACGGGGGCUGCCUGGAGCUCCUCCGCUUCUCAGACCCCUCCAGCAAAGAGGGGACGAGCCCGCCGCCAGCUGAGCUGCAGGAGCUGGACGUCUUCCUGCCACUGGGCUACGAGGCCUCGGACCAGGAGCUCUCCGAGGGUUUUUCCGACCACUCCAUCUCCCCGAGCGGCCGCACCAAGUCCUUCCACUCCUACAACUUCAAGUCUUUCGACUCCUCUGACCGGGCCAGCCGCUCAUCCUCCAACCCUGGUGAUGGUCCUCCCUUCGAUGGUGUCUACCACCCACUCUCACCCUUCUCCACCUCACCCUUCGACCUGGGGCUCGAUCUGGCCAGCACCAGCUCCAUCGCCACGGCCGAAAGCGGCACGCAGACCCCCGCCAGCGGCCCCGGCACCCCCUCGCCCCUGGAGAGCUUCAAGCCCUUCCCGGGGAUGCGAGCACGCAAGAGCUCCAGCCUCUCAAACGUCCUGGAUGAGAGCAGCUACCAGGACACACUGCCCAGUGACAAUGUUUCCAACACCAGCAACCCCCAGCAAACACCCGAGGAGGAGCUGUGCAACCUCCUGACCAACAUCGUCUUCUCGGUGACCUGGCGCGGGGUGGAGGGCUGGGACGACGCGGCGUGGAGGGAACGCGGGCAGGUCUUCUCCGUCCUCACCAAGCUGGGGACAGCAUGUGAGCUGGUACGAUCCCCCGAUGAGAUCAAGCGCAGCCUGCUGGAGAUGAUGCUGGAGUCAGCGCUGACGGAUCUGAAGGAGUCGGGACAGGCCGCCCUGCCCGGCCUCACCCACAACGCCCUCAAGCUGCUGCGGCUGCUCCAGGACUUCUUGUUCUCUGAGGGACACAACAACCAGGCCCUGUGGAGCGAGAAGAUCUACGAGGGGGUGAGCAGUCUGCUGGACAAGCUGGGCGUCUGGUACCACCUGGCCAACGGCACCUCCGACCUCAAGGAGAUGGCCCAGAUGGGUCUACGCAUCCUCGUGGGCUACAUCAUGCUGCAGGACCCCCAGCUGCACUCACUGGCGUACGUGAAGCUGCACAGCCUGCUGCAGACCGCCUCGGCCCCCAAAAAGGACGAGGCCUGCUACCUGCUGGGCAAGCUGGAGACCCCACUGCGACGCUCGUUGGACGCCAAGUCGGAGACCUUCUCCUGGUUGGUGCCCAUCAUCCGGACGCUCAUGGACCAGUGCUACGAGACCCUGCAGCUGCAGCUCUUCCUGCCCUCGCUGCCCCCCACCAACGGCAGCCCCACUUUCUACGAGGACUUCCAGCUCUUCUGCACCACCCCGGAGUGGAGGGGCUUCAUCGAGAAGCACGUGCAGCCCACCAUGGCCCAGUUUGAGAUGGACACCUUCGCCAAGAGCCACGACCACAUGUCCAAUUUCUGGAACGCCUGCUACGAUGCCAUGAUGAGCAGCUCCCAGCGGCGGGAGCAGGAGAAGGCGGCCAGCCGCAAGAUGUUCCAGGAGCUGGUGCUGGAGCCGGCAGCGAAGCGCGCCAAAGCAGAAAACAUCCGGCACGCCAACGUGCUCAAGCAGGCCAACAACCACCACAGCACCGUGCUGAAGCAGUGGCGGUCCCUGUGCCGCCUCCUCACCUCGCCCCGCUCCGCCUGGGCUGACCGGAACCCACCGGAGGUUCGCUGGAAGCUGUCGAGCGCCGAGACCUACUCCCGGAUGAGGCUGAAGCUGGUGCCCAACCUGAAUUUUGACCAGCACUUGGAGGCCAGCGCCCUACGGGACAACCUGGGAGCUGACCACCUCCACAACCCCACCGAGUCCCUCCCACUCGCCAUGGCCAAGGAGGCCAAGGUGAGCGAGCUGGAGGAUGACCAACUGGCUGAGGAGGACCUCCCUGUCCUGGACAACCAGGCUGAGCCCAAGGAGCAGAACCAGCGGGAGAAGCUGGUGGUAUCGGAGGACUGCGAGCUCAUCACAACAGUGGCUGUCGUCCCCGGCCGCCUGGAGGUGACAACCCAGCACGUCUACUUCUACGAUGGCAGCAGCGAGAAGGAGGAGACGGAAGGAGGGAUCGGCUACGACUUCAAGCGCCCCUUGUCCCACCUGCGCGAGGUCCACCUGCGCCGCUACAACCUGCGCCGCUCCGCGCUCGAGCUCUUCUUCAUCGACCAGGCCAACUACUUCCUCAACUUCAAAAAAAAGGUGAGAAACAAGGUGUACUCCUGCAUCCUCGGCCUGCGUCCCCCCAGCCAGAUCUACUUCGGCAGCCGGUCGCCCCAGGAGCUGCUGAAAGCCUCAGGGCUCACCCAGAAAUGGGUCCUGCGGGAGAUCUCCAACUUCGAGUACCUCAUGCAGCUGAACACGAUCGCGGGGCGCACCUACAAUGACCUCUCCCAGUACCCCGUGUUCCCCUGGAUCCUGCGGGAUUACGUCUCGGAGACCCUCGACCUCACCGACCCAGCCGUGUUUCGGGACCUGUCCAAGCCCAUCGGGGUGGCCAACGAGCGGCAUGCCCGGGACGUGAAGGAGAAGUAUGAGAGCUUCGAGGACCCCACGGGCACCGUGGACAAGUUCCACUACGGCACGCACUACUCCAACGCGGCGGGCGUCAUGCACUACCUGAUCCGCACCGAGCCCUUCACCACCCUCCACAUCCAGCUGCAGAGCGGCAGGUUUGACUGCUCGGACCGGCAGUUCCACUCGGUGCCGGCGGCGUGGCAAGCCCGCAUGGAGAACCCUGUGGACGUCAAGGAGCUCAUCCCCGAGUUCUUCUAUUUCCCCGAGUUCCUGGAGAACCAGAAUGGCUUCGACCUGGGCUGCCUGCAGCUUUCCAAUGAGAAGGUGGGCGACGUGGUGCUGCCCCGGUGGGCGCAAUCCCGCGAGGACUUCAUCUACCAGCACCGCAAAGCCUUGGAGUCGGAGUACGUCUCAGCCCACCUCCACGAGUGGAUCGACCUCAUUUUUGGGUACAAGCAAAGAGGCCCAGCCGCUGUGGAGGCCCUCAACGUCUUCUACUACUGCACCUAUGAGGGGGCCGUGGACCUGGACGCCAUCGCCGACGAGACGCAGAGGAAGGCUCUGGAGGGCAUCAUCAGCAACUUUGGGCAGACGCCCUGCCAGCUGCUCAAGGAGCCCCAUCCUGCCCGGCUGUCGGCAGAGAGCGCUGCCCGGAGGCUGGCCCGCCUCGACACCCGCUCGCCCAACAUCUUCGAGAACCUGGACCAGCUCAAGUCCUUCUUCGUGGAGGGCAUCAGCGAUGGGGUGGCCCUGGUGCAAGCCGUGGUCCCCAAGAACCAGGCGCACUCCUUCAUCACUCAGGGAUCACCCGACGUCCUGGUCACUGUGAGUGCCAACGGCUUGUUGGGGACCCACAACUGGUUGCCCUAUGACAAGAACAUCUCCAACUACUUCAGCUUCACCAAAGACCCCACUGUCUCCAACGCAAAGACCCAGCGCUUCCUGCAGGGCCCCUUCGCCCCCGGUGCGGACCUGUGCUCCCGCACGCUGGCCGUGUCCCCUGACGGGAAGCUGCUUUUCAGCGGGGGACAUUGGGACAACAGCCUCUGCGUCACCUCGCUGGCCAAAGGGAAGGUUGUUGGGCACAUCACCCGGCACAUAGAUGUUGUCACCUGCCUGGCGCUUGACCUCUGCGGCAUCUACCUCAUUUCUGGGUCCCGGGACACCACCUGUAUGGUGUGGCAGGUCCUACAGCAGGGUGGGUUUUCCAGCGGCUUGGCUCCCAAACCCAUCCAGGUCCUGUACGGCCACGAUGCCGAGGUGACGUGCGUGGCCAUCAGCACCGAGCUGGACAUGGCGGUGUCGGGCUCCAAGGAUGGCACCAUCAUCAUCCACACCAUCCGCCGGGGUCUCUUCAUCCGAUCCCUGCGACCGCCCGGCGAGAGCUCACCUCCCGCCAUCCUCUCCCAGCUGGCCGUGGGGCCGGAGGGGCAGGUGGUCGCCCAGACCACCGUGGGUCAACGAGCCUGCUUGAAGGACAGGUUUGCGUUGCACCUCUACUCGGUCAACGGGAAGCACCUCUCCACCGUCCCGCUGGACGAGGAGGUGACGGCCAUGUGCCUGACGGAGGAGUUCGUGGUGCUGGGGACCAUGCAGUGCGGGCUGGAGAUCCGUGACCUCCAGAGCCUCAGGGCAGCCGUGCCCCCUGUGCCCAUGCGGGUGCCCAUCCACAGUGUGUCUGUCACCAAGGAGAAGAGUCACAUCUUGGUGGGGUUGGAGGAUGGCAAGCUCAUCGUGGUGGGGGCUGGGCAGCCCGCUGAGGUGCGGCCGGGCCAGUUCCACCGGCGGCUGUGGCGCUCCACACGGCGCAUCUCCCAGGUCUCGGCCGGCGAGACCGAGUACAACCCCGCCGAGGGCAAGUCCUAG